AUGGCUGCCAUCUCGGGGUCGAACGCAGGGCCCGCAACCCUUCCCGAAGGAGGGAGUGGGUCUGGAUCGGCGUCCGAGAUUGACAGCCCCCCCUCCGAUGCUACGGUGGACAAAGUCUCCGGUGGAGGCUCGACAGAGCGCGAGGACACCCAAAAUAAGACAUGGGAAGAGGCCCUUGAUUACUGCAGGGAAAACUACGCUGAUCUGGCCAGUCUCUACACUGAUAAAAUGAUGAACAAGGCAAUGUUUUCAAACACAGCAGCUCAGACAGAUGAUGUGUGGCAUGGUCUGCGCUUUUUAGCUGGCCACUGGUUCUGGCUAAAUGGCGAGGAUAUUAAAUAUAAAGCCUGGUCUCUGGAUGAUAAUGCGUGCCCUGCUGUGAAUCAGUACUGUGGAACUGUGAAGAAAGACACAAAAUUCUGGACUCCCAAAAACUGUGAGGAAAGACUCAACUUUCUCUGUGCUGAUAAAAGUCCUUAUGAUGUAUAA